AUGAAACUUCCCCGGCCGAUGUUUUCUUUCCUGUCCUUUGGGCUGCUUCUCGUCCAACAGCGGGCUGAGAUGCCCGGACGAACUUACCUUUACGACAACCGCUACGCUGGGCAUAAGGUGAUAAGGAUUAUACCAGAGAAUGACCAAAUGGCAGAGACAUUGAAGAUUCUUUCUCAACAACUUAAAGUGGACCUGUGGCAACCAAGCAGCCUGUCUCUCAUCUCCAAGGGUGCAGUUACAGAUGUACAUCUGUCAAGAAAUAGUUCACAGAUUCUUCAGUUCUCCUUAGAGCAAGCAAACAUCCAAUAUACAGUCCUCAUAUCUGAUUUGCAAAAAAAUAUAGAAAAACAAAGUGAUUCAAAGCCACCCAGGAAUCGUAGAUCAUUGCCAGAAUAUAGUUAUGAAAUAUAUCAUUCCCUGGAAGAAAUUCAAAGUUGGAUGUAUUAUUUGAACAAAACUCAUUCUGAUCUCAUUUAUAUGUUCUCCAUUGGCAAGUCAUAUGAGGGAAGACCACUUUUUGUGCUAAAGCUAGGCAAAAGAACAAGGGUUUAUAAGAAAGCUGUAUGGAUUGACUGUGGAAUUCAUGCAAGAGAGUGGAUCACUCCAGCUUUUUGCCAAUGGUUUGUGAAAGAAGCUCUUCAGACAUAUCAAAAUGAUUCAGCCAUGAGAAGAAUGCUAAAUCAAUUGUAUUUCUUUAUCAUGCCUAUUUUUAACGUGGAUGGAUAUCAUUUUAGCUGGACUCAGGAUCGAUUUUGGAGGAAAACAAGAUCAAAGAAUUCAAAGUUUCACUGCCAUGGAGUAGAUGCCAAUCGUAACUGGAAAGUAAAAUGGUGUGAUGAAGGUGCUUCCCUUCAUCCCUGUGAUGACACAUACUGUGGUCCAUUCCCUGAAUCUGAACCAGAAGUGAAGGCUGUUGCUCAUUUUCUUCGCAAACACCAUACUCAGAUGAAAGCCUAUUUGUCCUUUCAUGCAUAUGCCCAAAUGCUAUUGUAUCCAUACUCUUACAAGUAUGCAGCUAUUCCAAAUUUUAGUUGUGUGGAAUCUGCAGCUGUUAAUGCUGUAAAUGCCUUGCAGUCUGUUUAUGGAAUAAGGUAUCGAUACGGUCCUGCUUCCAGAACUUUGUAUGUAAGUUCUGGGAGUUCAAUGGAUUGGGCCUAUAAAACUGGAAUCCACUAUUCAUUUGCCUUUGAAUUGCGUGAUACAGGUCAUUUUGGAUUUUUAUUGCCUGAGAACCUAAUCAAGCCAACCUGUAUAGAGACCAUGCUGGCUGUUAAAAAUAUAACCAUGCACCUCCUUAAAAAGUGUCAUUUAAGCGUUGCAGCCAAGUUUUAA